UUUUUUUGCUUCUGUGUUCAUUGAAAUCUCCAUAAAUUUGCUCUGUUUUUGCUAAAUAGUUAAUUAUCUACAGUACCCAUUUCUCCAUUUUCGAAAAUUUGUUCAUUUUUUUAUCCAACGGCCAGGAUUCAUUGUUCUCUGUUACUACUAGGGCUCUCUCUCUGUGAUUGUCAGCUUUUUAUUUUUAGUUCUUUUGUCUUCUCUACCGAAAAGGCGGAAGAGGUUGAAUUCUUACAGGCUAGGGCUUAUGGAGCCUAAUGGACAUAGAAAGGGUAACAAAAAAAAUACGGUUUCCCUUCAAAAUGGUGAUCUUAGCACAUUGAAUAUUGAUGAUGAGUUGGAUCCAUGGACUUCCUGGGCGAACAAACCUCACACUAUUACGUUGUUGCUUAUCGGUGCAUGUUUACUCAUUUGGGCUAGUGGAGCUCUCGACUCACAAAACACUUCUUCCGGUGAUAUUGUGGCAUCUGUGAAAAGGGGUGUUUGGGCUAUGAUUGCUGUGUAUCUUGCUUACUCUUUGCUGCAAGCCCCCUCGACGGUGCUCAUUAGGCCACAUCCUGCGAUUUGGCGCCUAGUUCAUGGAAUGGCCGUCAUUUACCUUGUUGCUUUGACGUUUUUGCUUUUUCAGAAGCGGGAUGAUGCUCAGCAAUUUAUGAGAUACUUACAUCCUGAUCUUGGUAUUGAGCUACCUGAAAGAUCCUAUGGAGCUGAUUGCAGAAUCUACGUACCUGAAAAUCCCACAAACAGGUUUAAGAAUCUUUAUGACACACUGUUUGAUGAGUUUGUUUUGGCUCAUAUCAUAGGGUGGUGGGGAAAGGCCAUCAUGAUUCGUAAUCAGCCUCUUUUGUGGGUUUUAUCCAUUGGAUUUGAGUUUAUGGAGCUUACCUUCCGCCACAUGUUACCAAACUUCAACGAGUGUUGGUGGGACAGCAUUAUUCUUGACAUAUUGAUCUGCAAUUGGUUCGGCAUAUGGGCUGGAAUGCGCACCGUUCGGUAUUUUGAUGGGAAAACAUACGAGUGGGUUGGUAUAAGCAGGCAACCAAAUAUCAUGGGCAAGGUCAAGCGAACACUUGGGCAAUUUACGCCAGCUCAUUGGGAUAAAGAUGAAUGGCGUCCCCUUCUAGGUCCAUGGCGGUUUAUUCAAGUCCUCAGUCUCUGUGUCAUAUUCUUGACUGUGGAGUUAAAUACAUUCUUCUUGAAGUUCUGUCUUUGGAUUCCUCCAAGAAAUCCUUUGAUAGUGUAUAGAUUGGUUUUUUGGUGGUUAAUUGCAUUACCAACAAUUCGCGAAUAUAACUCGUAUCUACAGGACAGAAAACCAGCGAAAAAGGUAGGAGCAUUUUGCUGGCUUUCAGUGGCGAUCUGCAUUGUUGAGCUCCUAAUCUGUAUCAAGUUUGGACAUGGAUCAUUUCCGAACCCAAUGCCCAAAUGGGUGGUAAUUUUAUGGUCAUGUGUCGGUAUUGGCCUUUUGAUGUCGUUGGCUGCAUGGUCGUUGCAUUUACAUAGAACGAUGAGGAGAAAGCACGAUUGAGUUUACGUUUGCAGUUCCCCGGCCAUUCUUUAUUCCUUUGCUUUCAUCUGGGUAGAGUUCAACCAUGUUGUAAAUACCCAUUACCUUGUAACUGUAUAUGGUUUGCAUUUUUUUUAGGUUAAAUAUUAGUACAUUUUAAACAUGUAGUGAACCUCAAUUCUUUUUCAAUAGGCUUAAAA